AUGGAGAACGUGUUUCAUGUCCUUUGGGGGUUUCUUUUCUUCCCGUCGGCGCUGCUGGACAAACCCUUCGUACGUUUUCAUCCACCCCAGUUAAACUUAACAGAGGGAGAGACGGCUAAGUUUACUUGUUCCAUCUCCAACCCUGAUUUCGGAAAACAUCUGAACUGGUACAAACAGGGCCAUGACCGUCAGCCGAUCAAAUUGGACGGCAGCAACCGGAAGUACAGCUUUUCCAAAGGAGACAAGUGCAUGAUGGAAAUCCGACAGGUGGAGAAGAAUGACAGCGGGACUUACUACUGUUGGGUGAACCCCUUUCACCCAGAAGGGACCAUCUUGGAGAGCAACCGAGGCAACCUCACUGUCACAGAAAAAGCCGUCGCAACUCAACCUCCAGACGAGAUCACUCCGGUCAAGGAACAGGACGAUGGUGACCGAAAAGACGCCAAGAGUUCUUUCUCUGAUUUGCGAGGAAAUUUUUGA